GACACAUUUUAAUUCAACAAAAAUGAAUGCAUCAGUAGUUGGCACUGUUCCUGUGCCAUGCUGCGCAUCACACCCUGUGACAACCAGAAAGACAGCAAAGCAUCCUGGACUUUGUCGAUGGCCAGUAUCACUUGGAAGGUUAUCCAGCAGUAAAAAGUUUAUUGCUGGUCAGCAGCUUUCUUGCAAAUCUCUAUCGCCGAGCCUUGGCUUCAGGAGACGAAGAGUACUCAUCAGCUGCAGUGCUUCCCCAAAAGUCCAGACUCCCUUCGGGAGCCACAAGGAGCUCGAUGGCAUCUCCAAAGCUCUGGUCGACCUCCCCAAGGCAGCACUGUAUGUUGGAGCAUUGGUCUUGGUCGCUGCUGCAGGAGCCAUCGGAUCUGUGGUUGGCACAAAAGCGCCAGAGUCAGCCAGGAAUGCUGGGCGCAUUGCGGGGGCGGCAGUGGGGGCAGUGGCGGGCGCUGCAGUGGUGAACAGCCUUCAGAGCAAGCGGGUGAAUGCAGCUGGGGUGCUGCUGCACAACGCCCUCGUGGACAAGGAUGACCCCUCCACCGUCACCCGUGAAGAGGUGGCAGCUAUUGGCGACAGGGUGGGCGCCAACCUGUCAGUGAAGUUGGUAGACGAGCUGAAGAGGGUGUAUGACGCCUACCUGGAAAACACUGUGCCGCCGGGCGACCUCCCUCUCAAGGGAGACGAGGCGGACAGGAUCAAGGCCUUCAAGGACGCGAUUGGUCUUGCUGACGAGGACGCGGCGCCGGUGCACAUUGACGUGGGCCGCCGGAUAAUGCGCAGCCGCUUCGAGGCCGGAUCACGCAGCGGCAGCUCGGAGCAGUUCCGCGCCCUUCAGAAGCUCAUCUAUGUGUCCGACCUCGUCUUCGGCGCCCAGAAGGCUGCGUUCCUGCUGCCUUGGCGACGCGUGUUCAACCUGAGCGACUCGUCGCUGUACGUCGCGCGGCGCGAGAAUGCCAAGGCGCUCUUCCACAGCUUCAUUAAGGCCCGCGGAGGCGUGCUUCAGGCGAACCGGGCGGCUCUGGCGGAGCUGAAGGCGCUGCAGGACAAGGUGCGGCUGGAGGACGAGAUUGCGUCCGAGGCGGUAAAGGAGGCGGCUCGCGCGCACGUGGAGGCCGUGCUCGACCGGGGCAUCGAGGCCACAAAACGCCGCACCCGCGUCCGUGACUACUCCGACGUCGUCAAGGCGGUGAAGGAGGCGAUAGCGUACAGCCGGGCGCUGGCAUCUCUGGCGGACGACCCCACGCUGCCCAGCGGCCUCGGCCCCGUCUCCAUCUUCGGCGGCCGCCUCGAGGGCUCCGGCCGCGAGCUGCGCGACCUCUUCAGGAUAUAUCUGGAGGAGGCGCUGAAGGGCGCAGGCGAGUUCACAGACAGCCUGGAGGAUGACCUGGCGGACGCGCAGAAGAUUUUGGGCCUGGGUCCGCGGGAGGCCGAGGACAUCCGCUCAGAGAUUGUGUCCAAAACCUAUAAGCGGCUACUGAAGGAGUUGUUCACGAGCGGCAAAUUGGACGAGGCACCCUCCAAGGCAGAGGUUCUAGGGGAGCUGUGCGACCGGCUGAACUUUGAGGACGAAGCCGCCGCGCAGCUGCACAAGCAGCUCUACCGCGAGAAGCUCACCAGCCUCGUAGAAAAGAAGCGCCUUACAGAUGAGGACAGCGCAGAGCUGGAUCGGCUGCGGCGGCUGCUGUGCAUCCCCAAGGCCGACGUGCAGCACCUGCACAAGGACAUCUGCGGCCGCCUCUACCAGGAGGUGGUGGAGGACGCAAUGCGCGCGGGCAUCGACCGGUUUGGCUUUGCGGAGAGGGAAGCUGUGGAACGGUCGCGGCGCGAGCUUCGGCUGGAAUCAGCAACCGCCGCGGAGAUCUUGGACUCGGUCGCGCGGCGUGCCUUCUUGGCGUUUGUCAGCCGCUCGCGCACGAAGAGCAACCGGCUGGACUCGGCUAAGGAGCUGAAAGCGCUCGUCUACUUCUCCAACAUUGUCGUCGCACCCCUGCUGGAAGACCUGAAGAAGGAUGAGAAUGAGGCGAAGAAGGCGAAGCAGGCAGAGGUUGAAGAGGCACAGAAGAAGAUCGCUGAGAUCAUGGUCAAGGCUCAGGAAGAGAUGGACAAGGAGAAGGCUGAGGAGGAGGGUGCUGAGUCAGCGCCGGCCCCAGAGGCGGACACUGCUGCGGACGACACCACAGCCGCAGACGCGGAGCCUGCCGAGGCAGCACAGGCAGACGCGAGUGCGGCGCCUGCCGAGGAUGCUGAGGAAGCAGAUGCGGCGGGCAAGGCACUGGAAGAGGCGGCUGAGGAGGAAGCUGUGGCGACGCUGCGGAAGUCGCAGGAAGCCGCCAAGGACCGCGAGUCCGGCGAAGAGGUGGGCUCGACCGGGGUGGUGAUGCGGAGCCAGAAGGAGAUCAAUUUGAAGACUGAUCUGGACGCGCGUGACCGGCUGGACAUCUACCGCAACUUCCUCCUCUACUGCAUGUCCGGCGACGUCGUCGCACUGCCCAUGGGAUCCACCGUGGUGGUGGAGCGGGACAGCAGCGAGUUUGCUCGCUUGAGCCAGCUGGGAGAUCUGCUGGGCCUGAGCGCGCUGGAGAUCGGGCAGGUUCACUCGCAGUUGGCAGAGCAGGCCUAUCGCAGCCAAGUCCAGUCGGCGAUAGGCAGCGGGGUGCUGAGCAAGGAGAAGGCUGAUAUGCUGGCAGAGGUGCGCGACAAGAUGGGACUCUCCAAGGAGGCCGCCGAAAAGAUCAUCAAGGGCGUCUCUUGUCUGCAGAGCAAUCUAGAGGCUUUUUUAGCGACGGGUGCGCUGUCGCUGCAGAAGGUGCUGGACAUGCAAGAGGCGGGCGUGGAGGUGGAGUCAUUCGUCUCCGAGGACAUGCGCAUGCAGAUGUACUCCAAAGAGGUGGCGGAGGUGCUGGGCAGCGGCACGGGCGAGUUUGACGAGGCGCGGCUCCUGGAGGAGCUCCCGGCGCAGCUGCACCUGCCGGAGCGCCGCGUGAAGGCGGCCAUCGCGGCGCAGGCGGGAGACCGCAAGCGCAACGUGCUUGUGCAGGCGGUCUCGCUGCUGCGCCAGCGCAAGCUUGACGAGGUCGUCAAGUCCCUCAACAACCUGCUCGCAUGCAACAAGGCGCUGCCUUCGGACAAGCCGGUUGAGUGGCGGGAGCGGGAGGAGCUGCAGGACCUCUUCUCGGUCUACGCCGGCCGCGAGUCAGACGCUGACAAGGCCGCCAGCGUGGCAACCAUGCUCGGCAUCUCUCCCCAGGAAGCUUCCUCACUCAAGGAGCUCGUGGCCUCCGGGCAGUUCAAGCUGGAGCAGGAGGUCGAGGAUGACCGGUUCUUCUGAGCAUGGCAAAACUCUCGGAGGACUCCGCAUUGAGUUGGGGCUUCUGUGGAGGGCUGUCAGGUGACAGAAGGAGCUGUUUGGGAGAUGCCCGAACAGGUAAUGCCUGGGCAAAGGAUAAAGGGCUAGCCAUCAGCCAUCUUACGCGCACGGGCACGGCCUGACCUCUGACCCGGUUCUACCAUAUCUGGACUGUCAAUUGAUCAGGCUAACCAGGGGAUGUGCACCUGCACACUGUCUUGAAGCUUCACGUCUCUGGGUUGUCAAUUGGCAAUUGCUUAUGAGGUAAAAUGCAAAUGCUUCGUUACAGUAUUGACCAAACGGAGGCCAGGGCUUCCAGGUAUCCUCAACAUUUUGCAAGGAACGUUUUACGAUGCCAAGCUUGGCAAACCUACGUUUCUAGGACCAGAUCUGCCAUGUCGACGUUACUAAUUGACAGCAUUCAACAAUAGCCGAGAAUGCUUCUCAGCGGGGCCUCAUCAUGCUUGUGCUCUGAUAUGUAGACAGACCUCACAUGCAAGAACCAGUACUUGUAAAAAUUGGAAAC